AUGGCAGAUUUUUGGAAACCUACAGCUGAUUUGUAUAGUGCUCUAUUCGAAAAGCCAAAAAUGUCAUAAAAGUUACUUGAAAAGCCUCCAUUCAAAUACAUAUUUGAUAUCAUAAUGGAGACAACCAAAUAAACAGGCUAUGCUAAAGGACUCUAUACUGGGGAUGAAUUGGAUGGAAACACAUAUGACAAUAAGGACAAAAAGCUUUCAUUUUUAUAGAAGAUCAUUGAUUUGACAUCCAUGAUGCUGAAGGAGGAAAUAGCUGCAAAACCUGGUAAAAUAGCUGCAGGUUUAGAACCUGAAAAUACUAAUUUAUUAUUAUAAGCAAUUUACAGAGCAGCUGUAAGUGGUAAAAAUAGCGACCCUUUUGUUAAGAAAAUUUUAGGAGGACCAGGAGCCAAAGAACCCGAACCUCCUAAAAAGGAAUAGCCUAAGCCAGAAUAAAAACCUCAACAGCCCCCUCCUAAAGAAUAGGCUCCACCUCAAGUCAAGGAAGAGAAGAAAGUUGCUCCACCAAAAGAGGAAUAAAAGCCAAAAUAACAAGCCUAAUAACCUCCUCCUUAAUAGCCAAAGGAAACUCAAAAAUAAUAAUAACAACCUCCUCCUUAAUAGCAGUAGACUCAAGAGGGAAAUGUUCGACCUUCAACAGCCAAAAAGAGACCACCUUAAUUGCCCACUAAUCAGGUUGCAGUUGAAUAGAAUUAGAAGAAGGGAGGGACAGCUAAUGUAAUUAUAGAGGGGAAAGGAAAUAACGAUGACGACGAUGGCGUAAUAGUUUAAAGUAAUGUGAAACCAAAUGCUGAUAUUAAUGCACAAGAAUAUGGGAAAUUCGUAAGAGAUAAUAUGAAAAAUUAAGAUAAGGCCAAAGAAGAGGAAAAAGAAAAGGAUUAACCUUAAGAAGGAAUUAAAAUGAAGAGGAUAGGAAAGGUCAACGUUCAAAAAGAUAAAAUCAAGGAAGAAAUUGCUUAAAAUUUAGGCACCUCAUAAGUCUCUGAUACAAUAGUGAUGCAAAAACUGAUCCAAUCUAUGAGUUAGAAUGUGAAUCCUUUGGCUAAAUAAAUUGAAUUUAUCUAAGAUGAUAUUGAGAACAUGAAUAGGGAGUUGCAAUAAUGGAGGAAGAUCUAUAAUGUUUCUAAACAAAAGAUGGUAGAUAUGAAUAGAGCAACUGAAGAAGCAUAACAACCAUUAUUUGAUAAAAUUGCUGAAGUUGAAGAAGUCAUCAAGGAGAAGAAGUCUAAAAUUCAAAAUAUCAAAGCUCAAAUUAUAAAAAAUAAAUUAUAAAUUGACUAAUUGCUUAAAGCAGUUUUAGUAUAAAAAUGAGAACAAGUUAUACAAAUUAUAAAAUUAAUUAUAA